GUGAUGUUGGUCAUUGGAGUGUCAGCUUUCAGAAAAUCAUUCAUACUUGAACUUCACGUGACAACCACACUGAAAGUGACGCAUACCGAGAAACAAAUCUCAUGCUGUCAAGAAGCAGUGUCACCAUGAGAAUGCUUCACAGCAUAUUUGCAUCUUUCAAAGAGCCUGUCCGUAUGCACAAAGGCAAAAGCGCAGUCUUGAACAUCUGUGGAAGCUCUCACAGCCAAGCUAGCCUUAACAGAGCUAUCCAUGAGCCCUUGUUCCGCUACACAUCUGGCCGCUGGCUAUAUGAUGAGGAUCUCCAGCUCAAACAUCGAUAUGUCAAGUUCAAUGUCGACAGCCUUCUGGAGUGUGCUAGCCAAGUAGUUGGUGCUCGAUGCUGUCAGUUAACCAAGUUGCCUGAAGAACUCUACAACAAGGUCUUCUCCUUGGAAACUGAGGACGGCAAGGAGAUUCUUGCUAGAAUCCCAAAUCCCAAUGCAGGCUCUUCCUGUUACAUUGUUGCUAGCGAAGUUGCUACUCUUGACUUUGUGCAUUGUACAUUUCUUUUUCUUUGUCUUUUUGCCCUUUGCUUUGUCUUUCUAUCUGCUAAUAUGCUCUUAUUAACAAUAUGCAGCUCUGUAAUGUUCUUGACAUUUCAGUACCUGAAGUUGUUGAUUGGAGCUCAAGCUCAUCUCUGUCGCAUCCCAACCCUGUGGGUGCCGAGUAUAUCUUAAUGAAGAGAAUAAAAGGCCUUCAGCUCAGUGAGGUUUGGCCCACCAUGUCUGAAGCUCAACGCUUCAGGCUGGUGAAGAAUGUGGUGGCAAUUGAGGCUAAACUGGCCGGCAUUGAUCUUCUAAGCUAUGGUAGUCUCUACUAUAGAGAUAUAUACCCUGAUGGCUUGCCCAUUGCAGAAAUCACAUCUUCCUCACAUGAACUCACAGUAUAUAUUAUUGAAAAGUUUGUUUUCAGCCCGUCGACGGACAGGAUGUUCUGGGUAGAUGAAAAGAGAGAACUAGAGCUGGAUCAGGGUCCAUGGUUGACAGCAACAGAGUACAUUUCUGCCAUAGCGAAGUGUGAGAUUAUUUGUAUUCAAAAUCUCAACCCAGAUGAAUCUGGAUUUAACCCUCUGAACCCUGGAAGGGCCCUGGUGUGUGAAAGCCAUAUUGAACUUCUUGAACAAUUUCUCACAGUUCUUCCCCACAUUCUGCUGCGCAUGGAGAUUUGCUGUCCUGUCUUGUUGCACCAUGAUCUUCAUACAGAUAAUAUUUUUGUUGAUGACGCUGAUCCGACCAAAAUAUCAGGGAUAAUUGACUGGCAGGGGGUCACUGCUGGCCCACUCUUCAUGCAGGCCAGAUUUCCAUCUGUAUUUGACUGUGAGGACUCAUAUCCAUGGGGUGCAGUUCAACCUGAGCUUCACAACAAUUUUGAUUCUUUGUCUGAACAAGAAAAGGCACAGAUCAUGGAACAACAUGAUAGGGUCAGACUAAAGAAAUUUUAUGAGCUGGCGUCGCGCAAGUUCAACCCGGAUAUCACCAAGGCCAUGGAUGCGAUGAGGAAUGAUGAUGAUCCGACCUCCUUUGUCUUUUUUCUUCUGGGGCAGACCUCUGUGGAUGGACCAAUACCUCUUCGAGAAUUGCUUAUCCAGAUAUAUGAGAAGUGGGACUGGAUUUCUGUGAAACGGGGUCUGACAAUGUCCUGCCUGAUCAACUUUACCGAAGAAGAAAUAUCAACACAUUGGAAAGCAUCUCAAGAAUGGGCAGAGGUGUUUAAUGAAUUUAAUUGCCUUUUGAUGGAGAUGGGAGGGAAGGAUGGACCGGUAUCACACGAUGAGUUUGAAGAAGCCACACACAGGUUUAAUGAGCACAAGGAAGUCCUAGAGGGACUUCAGAAGCACCUUAGCGAAAUCAUAUAGUGUGUUUAACAGGAAAGAUGGAGGCAUCCUGUAUACAUGAAUACCACACUCUUUCUAACUUCAUCUUACUCCAUGUAGCCAACCAGAUCACAUGUAGUAUGCAAGGGGAUGCUGAUCCAACUUGCAGCAUUUUGUGGUUUUGUUGGGGGAAGUAUCAUUCAACAACAAGCUCGAAAUAAGCGCCCUGGGGCUUACUCUCUCCCAGUAUGAGGUUCACAAAAUGUACCCUAGCUUCAUCUCGAUUACUGUCUCCAUAGCUGCGUAAGGCGGCUGGGCCGGACGUUAAAUCGAGUACCAUUACUAUUACCUCUUUUGUCUCAGCACCAUUUUUGUCCCAGGACCUCUUUUGUCAAUCUGUCUAAGCUGUCUACAAAGGGAAAUCCUGGAAGUUCCAAUAACAGAAGAUACACUGAGUCAUUAAUCAGCACAGUAUAUUCCUAGGACCACAAUCUUGCAUAUUCCCAUAGAAGGAGCGCCAGGGUAAAUGAAGCAACCAAGCAACCACUGAUCUGUAUCGUCGGCCCUUACGGUACCGUCAACUACGCCCAGGAUGUCUUGGUGCCCGAACUGCUGGUGAUGCUAGUCCAGGAUGACAUGGGAGUUGACGCCAAAGAGGCCCGCCGGAUCCUGAAGGAGAGCAAUGAGAUCAGGGAUUU